AUGUCUUCUCCCGCUAAUCACAACACCCUUGCGCAAUCGAGCCCGAUGGCAUUUGAGCAUACUUCCUCCGAUGUCGAACCUGAUCACAAUAACAUCCUGAGAGAGAAAAAACUGGCUGGCCUCGAUGUCACCGAGGAAUCUAGUCCAUCUGCAAACUCCUUGCGACAUCUUCCCCCGCCCCCAGAAUGGAAAUACGCCAAGUUUUUUCCCGGUGGAUACUCCCCAAGCCGCCAAGUGCCCUUCAAGGGUCAGAACAUGUCAUGGGCAGUCAACAUUGUAGCUGGGAUCGCCAUCAUGUUUUAUGGCUUUGACCAGUGA